GUCGUGUCGGUUGUGUUUCGGUGAGUACGAGUGUGUCUUAUCCGCGGAUGUGCGAUCCUUUUUCCUCUCUCGGUCGUUGUUGAGCCGAUACGACGGUACGCAACGCGACGACGCCGUGGCGGUAAAACACGCGCGUUCUUUUUCGAAGUAGGUACGGUUUUACUCUUUGGUUUGCAAUUUUGGGUGGGUAAUUUCGUUGGAAAAUAUCUCGGAAGUUAAGUACAUGUAAUAAGGAACAAACAGAGAAGAACAAAAAAGCGGGGGAAAGGAAGACGGAGAGAGAAAGAGAGAAAAAACAGUGCGGAAUUUACCGUUACCUAUCGUGUGAAAUUACUAUAAUGUUACUAUUACAUGAGUGUGCGUGUCGUUGACAGUGGUGAAGUUAUUUUUGUUGUUAUCGUCGUUGCUUGUUUUAUCACGAAUCAAUUUGCGAUUGGAUCAACGCUCUAUUGGAUUACCUGAAUACCGACACCGUUUGCAGCCAUCGCCCCUUUAUCGCGGCUGAUUCUGAUUCAGCUGACAAACGCUGACGUGUCCGUAACGUGUGUUACCCACGUCCGGCGAGCUGCAAUCGGGAGAAGAGAGUCGGCGGAACGCUGCGAGCAGUGGUCGGAAAUCGAAGAGAUAUCAGCUCCAAUAAUGAGCUAGCGCGAUGAGGAGAACGUGGCAGCGUUCGCUGCUCGCCUGGCCAUGGGCUUGGCUGUGGAUCGCCCUGGCGGCCACUACGGCCUCCCCGGGCAUCUCAUCGGCGAGUGGAUCAGCACCGAAAACGGGGCCAGCUGGGAUGACGACGACGACGACGACGACGACGACGACGACGACGACGACGACGAUGGCGCCGUCGGUCGUCCAGGAAUUCAGAUUUACGCAACCGCUUUACAACGUUUCGAUACCGGAGAAUUCGGUGGGUAAAACGUUCGUAGUGCCCGACGAGAAAAUGGGUAUAAGGCUGGGCGCAGCUGACGGAAACGGCGAAGUGCGUUAUAAGAUAGUCGGUGGUGAUAGAGACAAGUUUUUCAAAGCCGAAGAACGGAUUGUGGGUGAUUUUUGUUUUCUACUGAUAAGGACUCGAACCGGUAACGUGGACGUGUUGAACCGCGAACGGAAAGAUCGGUACGUUCUCGAAGUGCGGGCAACAUCGACCCGCCGUGACGGCAAGAACAGACAGACGACCCUUGUCGACGCGGACGCAACCGUCGUCGUUACUGUCCUCGACACGAACGAUCUCAGCCCCUUGUUUUACCCGACCGAGUACGAGGUGGCCGUGCCCGAGGACACUCCUCUGCAUCGGAGCGUAGUCAAGGUGACUGCCGACGACGCUGACCUUGGCAGGAACGGUGAGAUUUACUACAGCUUCGCCGAGGAGAACGAACAGUUCGCCGUCCAUCCGGUCAGUGGCGUGAUCACGCUCACCAGACCCCUCAGAUACGCCGAGCGCGCCCUCCACGAGCUGACGGUCCUCGCCGAGGACCGUGGCGCCCUCGUCAGGUUCGGCGGUGGCGCGCCAAGCGCCAGCACGACCAAGGUGACGAUCAGGGUGCGCCAGGUGAACCUCCAUGCGCCGGAGAUAUACGUUCACCACCUUCCGGACGUCCUGGAGCACUCGAAUGCGGACAUUUAUGCCAUCGUGAGGGUUGUCGACAGAGACGAAGGGGCGCAUGGGGAAAUCGCGAGCCUCGACAUAGUGGGCGGUGACCCUGACGGUCACUUCAGGGUUCGACCGGUCGAGAAUUCUGCCGACGGUAAGUCCGGUGAGUACAACGUUGAAAUCCUCAGACUCUUGGAUCGCGAGGUUGCACCCCAGGGCUACAACCUCACCCUGAGAGCCCUGGAUCGGGGCGUGCCCCAGAGAUUCAGUUACAAGUCGGUACCCGUUCACCUUGCCGAUCUCAACGACAAUGCGCCGGUAUUUAACCGCGAAAUUUACGAGGUCAAGGUACCAGAGACGGCCCCGGUGAACACCCCGGUUAUCAGGCUCAAGGUGACGGACGCUGACGAAGGUAAGAACGCACUGGUCUUUCUCGAGAUCGUCGGUGGCAACGAGGGUGGCGAAUUUUACAUAAACGCGGACACGGGCAUGCUCUACACCGCCGUGGCUCUCGACGCCGAGAAGAAGGCUUUCUACACGCUUACCGUCGCUGCUAUCGAUCAGGGAAACGCCGGGACCAGGAAGCAGUCCUCGGCUAAGGUUAAGAUUUACGUCGUCGACACAAACGAUAACGAUCCGAUAUUCGAAAAUUCGGAGAUGACGGUGUGGCUUGACGAGAACGAGCCUGCGGGCACUUCCGUGGUAAAGUUAACGGCGAAGGACCAAGACUCGGGGGAAAACGCCUACAUAUCGUACAGCAUCGACAACAUCCGGAAGGUACCGUUCGAGAUCGAUCCGUUCACCGGCGUCGUGAGGACCAAACAGCUCCUCGACUACGAGACGAUGAAGCGGGAUUACAUCCUUCACGUGAGGGCGAGCGACUGGGGCCUCCCUUACCGUCGACAGACGGAAAUGCAGCUGCGCGUCAAGCUCCGCGACGUCAACGACAACAGGCCACAGUUUGAGAAGGUUGACUGCGCUGGUCACGUGCCCCGGUACGUUCCGAUCGGUUCGGAAAUUAUAACCGUAUCGGCGAUCGACUUCGACGUCGGGAACAUAAUCAGCUAUCGUCUUGUGUCCGGGAACGAAGACGCCUGCUUUUCCCUCGAUUCCACAAGCGGGGUUCUCUCCGUUACUUGCGACCUUAUGGAUGUGAAGGUCUCGGACAGGGAGGUGAACCUUACGGCGACCGAUGGCACCCACUUCGCGGAUGUGACGCGAGUCCUCAUCCACCUCGUAAACGCAAAACGCAACCUCGGCCCGCAGGCCGGAAUCCUCACCGACGAAACCGGCGCCUUUGAGUGUCGCGACACCGGCGUCGCGAGGCGGCUAACCGACGCCAUCGCCUCCGCGGAAAAGAACAACAUGCCGAGCUCCGAAGACGAGUACGCCAUGAUGCCAAGUCGGUACGGCGACAACGUUCACGCUCCGGAGUUUAUCAAUUUUCCCAACGAAAUCAGGGUGAACGAGUCCGUCGCGAUCGGCACGACCUUGGCCAAACUACUGGCGCGGGAUCGGGAUCUCGGCUACAACGGGAAGCUGGUCUUCGGCAUAUCAGCCGGCGAUCGCGACUCUGUUUUUCGCCUCGACGCGGACACGGGGGACCUGAACGUGAUCAAUCACCUCGACCGGGAACGCGAGAACGAGUAUUUUCUAAACGUGAGCGUCUACGAUUUAGGCAAGCCCCAAAAAUCGGCCUCGAGGAUGUUACCCGUCACCGUUCUCGACGUUAACGACAACGCGCCGAAGUUCGAGAAGACGCUGGCCAGCUUCAAGAUAUCCGAGAACGCUCUUAACGGCACGAACGUCUUCAGGGCAAACGCGACGGACGCCGAUCUUGGCGAGAACGCGCGCGUCACCUAUUCGCUCGCGACGGAGACCAACGACUUCAGGGUCGACCCCGUCACCGGGGUCCUCAGCGUCUUCGGGAGGCUCGACAGGGAACGUCAGGAGCUGUACGAGCUGCACAUACGAGCCUCGGACAACGGCGGCUUCGGGACCGACGAACCGCCGCUGCACUCGGAAGCUCUGGUCCGCGUGACGGUCGAUGACGUUAACGACAACCCGCCGAAGUUUGCUCUGCCCAGCUACGCUGUUAAAAUACGCGAGGACGUUCCGACUUGGAGCGUCGUCGCCGUUGUCAGCGCCACGGACCCGGACGAGGGACCCGGCGGUGUCGUGGAGUAUUUCUUGUCCGACGCUGCGAUGAAUGGUGAGGGGUUCUUCAAGAUAGACAGAGUCUCCGGCACCAUCAGAACCGCUCUGCCCCUCGACUUCGAGGAGAGGCAGGUUCACAGUCUCUCAAUUAUAGCCAGAGACAGGGGCGAGCCUCCGAUGUCCGCUGAGACCGUUGUCAUCGUCGAGGUCGUCGACGUCAACGAAAAUCUCCACCCUCCGGUAUUCGACGACUUCGUUGUAUCGGCGACCGUUCUCGAAAAUCAACCCGCCGGCACUCUUGUUACCACUCUCAAGGCCACCGACGCUGAUUCCGUCGGCGGUGACUCCAGGGUCAGCUACACCAUUCGCGGCGGCGACGGCAUCGGCAUAUUCUCCAUUGACGAACAAGGUAAACAUGCAGCUCUCGAUACAACCGCACUCAUAAAAUAACGCUUAGUCGUCAACGAUUGCGUGAGUAAAUAUCAUUUCACUCUGAAUUGGUG